AUGGUUGGAAAGCCGUGGUUCAGCGCUGUGCUCACUGGCUUGCGCAAGCUGCGAGACAUUCGAGACAGAGGCGUCGAUAAAUUCGAGAGUCUCGAGAGUCUUAUGUCGUUUAACCUGGGGUCCGCUCCAGACGGUGCCACAAUAACCCAGUUGAUGUGUGCUAAUGUGGGUAACACGAAGUCGUGCUCGCAGUGGGGUGUCAAGACUUGUGCUCAGUGCCAUCUUGUGAAAUACUGCUCCGAGAAAUGCAAGCUUCACCAUUGGUCCAAACAUCGCCCACGAUGUACGCAUCCAUAUCUGAGCAAGAAUUGGCAGCCUGCUUGGGUUGUGGAAGGACGCGAGCCUAUAUUUCUCCACCCUUUCAACUCGGUCAUACUCUACCGGCUUUCGCAUGAUAUGUGGGGAAAUGUUCCUGCCAUGGACUGUCUACAGAUCAAGAAUAACGAAGAACAGUCUGGAGCCUUUGACGAUUUGAAGCUCUGCUUCCCUGCCAGCGCAGACAUUCGCGACAUGAUCCGGACCGUCAACAGUCUCCCACAUAAUUUCACGGGUUACUGCGAUAUCUUGCUCAACGACACGAACCCCAUUCUCCUGAACCGCACUCUUGUUAUUCUCUUCAUCCUGCUCAGUUCGGGGCCUUCUCUCGAGGAAGCAGCGGAAUUCUGCACGCAUCUCCUUUAUUCUGCAGCACUUCCUGGAGCCGGGGCGGCUUACGUGAAACGCUGUGUCGACUUCAUCUACGGCGGCGGCGGAGAGCAUGAAGCAGACUUGUCCUUCCAACGUUCUCUCGACACAAGAGGCGAAGGAAAACUUUACUCUGUCCAGCCAUCGACGGGCAUCAAACGUCUUUUGGAAAUGUGUCAGUCGAGUUACCCUCUGGCAACCGCCUUGAAAGGCAUGAGGGAGAUCACACUCUCGCCCGACCAGCUUGAUUUUCGAGAGAAAUACUACGCGACGCUGAAGCCUGCGCAUCGAAUGUCCUUCCACCGAUUCCAAGAAACAGGGAUAUUGGUACCAUUUGCCCACAACACGGUUAACUUUACCGAGCCCAAUCGAUUUCUGUUUACUUCGCAGGGGGAAUGGCUGGUCCCCGAAGACGCGAAUCCGCUUUUUGGGUGGGACGUGACCGGCGUGAAGUACUCCGGACUCAAGUAUGGCGUCGACCCCGAUUCGGAUAUCCUUGGCUGCCUCUUCUUCCACGUCAAGCAUGAGCUGCGGGAAUUCGCGAAGCGCGUCAGAGACUUUCGCAUCGACAUCCAUGUGACCUCUUUCGACGCCGGCCUUCUUGCGAAAGGCAUCAGUGUCGGUGCUUUGCCGGCUUUUGCAGAUGCUACAUUCGACCGUGUCGUCGCUGCUAAUCUGGCUGACACUAUCGGCAUUAAGACGUGUCUUACUGACUGGGCGCCACUGCUCAACAGAGAGAACCGGUUCUCGAGCAUUUUAAUGCAGACAAGCGCAUGGCAGACGCACUGGUACCCAAACAGCAGCGUCAAAACGCAGUGGGGUCCUCAAACCAUCCAUGUCUUGCUGGAAAAAUAUAACAGGGUUUCUGGUCUGGUAGAUUUGCCUCUGACUUUAUUGACCUCAGCUUACCAAGCACAGGAUGUGCAAAUGAAGGCCGUAUUCACGCAAGGCCUGCGAUCUCCCGCAUUGCUUCGCGUGUUCGAGUCACUCGACGCGUGUCAUGACAAUGAAUCGAUAUUCCAAGAGUAUUUGGACGACCAAGAUGUUGAUAGGUCCGCUGCUGCGUUCGACCUCCAACAAAGGACAACCCAUCGUGUGUAUCCAAAGCGCUUCGGGAUUCCGGUGGAAGCUACCCAUGCCCCAAAACCCGACCUCUCAAACGACGAGUUCUAUGACUUGUUUACUCUUGGCGGGGCUCAAUUGUCGAUGCGCUUCCUUGAAUUCGAAGGGUGCAGUCCGCGCUACCGGGCGAUUUCGGAGUAUAACGAUCUGUGUCGCCGUUUGUUUGUAUGA